AUGGCUCUGGCAAAGGUGCCUGGCACCUGCCUGCUCACUGUGCGUGUCCUGCAGGCCCAUGGUCUGCCUUCCAAGGACUUAGUGACCCCCUCUGAUUGCUAUGUGACUCUCUGGCUGCCCACGGCCUCCAGCCACAGGUUUCAGACACGCACGGUCAAGAACAGCAGAAACCCCAUCUGGAAUCAGAGCUUUCACUUCCGAAUCCACAGCCAGCUCAAGAAUAUCAUGGAAUUAAAAGUCUUUGACCAGGACCUGUUGACCAAAGAUGACCCAGUGUUGUCAGUGCUUUUUGAUGUGGGGACCCUGCAGCCUGGGGAGUUCAGUCACCAGAGCUUCUCGCUGAGCUCACAGGGUGAGGAGCGGCUGGAAGUUGAGUUUCAACUGCAGAGCCUGACAGACUGUGUGGAGCAGCUUAUCAGCAAUGGCAUCCUGGUGGCCCGGAAGCUCUCCUGCUUGCAUGUUCAGCUGGAAAAGACUGGGGACCAGAAGGGGUCAGAGACCAGAGUUCAGCUUGUAGUUCCAGGGGCCUGUGAGGGUCUUCAGGAGGCCUCUGUGGGCACUGGCUCUUUCUGUUUCCAUUUCCCAGCCUGCUGGGAGCAGGAACUGAACAUCCAUCUACAGAAUGACCCUCAGGAACAACUGAAGGUGCCACUACAGACCCUGCCCACUGACCAGUUGGUGAGACUCAUCUUUCCCACAUCACAGGAACCCUUACUGAGGGUGGAACUGAAGAAAGAAGAAGGCCCACAAGAGCUGGCCGUGCGUCUGGGCUGCAGGCCCUGUGCAGAGGAGCAGGCCUUCUUGAACAGGAGGAAGCAGGUGGUAGCUGGGGCCCUGAAGCAGGCCCUGCAGCUGGACAGAGACCUGCAUGAGGAUGAGAUCCCAGUGGUAGCUGUUAUGGCCACUGGCGGAGGGAUCCGGGCAAUGACUUCCCUAUAUGGGCAGCUGGCUGCCCUGAAGGAGCUGGGCCUCUUGGAUUGCGUCUCUUACAUCACAGGGGCCUCAGGCUCCACCUGGGCCUUGGCCAACCUCUAUGAGGACCCAGAAUGGUCUCAGAAGGACCUGGCAGGGCCCACCGAGUUGCUGAAGACCCAAGUGACGAAGAGCAAGCUGGGUGUGCUGGCUCCCAGCCGGCUGCAGUGGUAUCGGCAGGAGCUGGCCGAGCGUGCCCGCCUGGGUCACCCAACCUGCUUCACCAACCUAUGGGCCCUCAUUAAUGAGGCGCUGCUGCAUGAUGAGCCUUGUGACCACAGACUCUCAGAUCAAAGGGAAGCCCUGAGUCGUGGCCAGAAUCCUUUGCCCAUCUACUGUGCCCUCAACACUAAGGAGCAGAAUCUGACAACCUUUGAAUUUGCCGAGUGGUGCGAGUUCUCCCCCUAUGAGGUUGGCUUCCCCAAGUAUGGGGCCUUCAUCCCCUCUGAGCUCUUCGGCUCUGAAUUCUUCAUGGGGCAGCUGGUGAAGAAGCUCCCAGAGUCCCGCAUCUGCUACCUGGAAGGUAUCUGGAGCAAUCUGUAUGCAGCCAGCCUCCAGGACAGUUUGUACUGGGCCUCAGAGCCCAGCCAGUUCUGGGACCGCUGGGCCCAGGAUCAGGCCAGCCUGGACAAGGAGCAGGUGCCCCAUCUGAAGAUAGAAGAACCACCCACAAGAGCUGGCAGGAUUGCUGAGUUUUUCACUGACCUUCUGACGAGGCGCCCACUUGCCCAGGCCACUCAUAAUUUCCUGCGUGGCCUCCAUUUCCACAAGGACUAUUUCCAUCAUCCUCACUUCUCUACCUGGAAAGCUACCAAACUGGAUGGGCUCCCCAAUCAGCUGACGCCCAUGGAACCCCACCUUUGCCUGCUGGAUGUCGGCUACUUUGUCAAUACUAGCUGCCCACCCCUCCUGCAGCCCACCCGGGAUGUGGACCUCAUCCUGUCACUGGACUACAAUCUCCAUGGAGCUUUUCAGCAGCUGCAACUCUUGGGCCGGUUCUGCCAGAAGCAGGGGAUCCCAUUCCCACCCAUCACACCCAGUCCAGAAGAACAGCACCAGCCUCAGGAGUGCCAUGCCUUCUCUGACCCUGCCCAGCCUGAAGCCCCUGCUGUGCUGCACUUCCCUCUGGUCAAUGACUCCUUCCAGGAAUACUCAGCCCCUGGGGUGCGGCGGACACCUGCAGAGAAGGCAGCUGGGGAGGUCAACCUCUCUCCUUCUGACUCCCCAUACCACUACACAAAAGUGACCUACAGCCCAGAGGACACAGACAAGCUGCUUCACCUGACACAUUACAAUAUCUGCAACAACCAGGAGCGGCUGCUGGAGGCCCUGCACCAGGCCGUGCAUCGGCGGAGACAGAAGCAGCAACACAGACCUGAGUGAUACCAGGGAGGUGCACUGGCUGGGCUCCCACCUGGUGCCUGCCAGCUUUGACUCUUUGAGCAUCACCAAAUGUUCUGGAGCUCUGAUGUCCAUGCAUAGCUCAACCAAGGUGUAUUCUGAGGAUCAUCUAGAGGUGGCAAUGAAGCCAGCAAUGACUCUAUCCACAGCAUCCAGGCUGAAGCCUGUAAGCAGAGAGGCUGGACUCCCUUCCUCCUUCAGAAGGCUGGGAGUGAGGGGCCCAGAUCAUUAUAGCUGUAGUUAGGACCAGUCUCCACAUGGAGAGGACCAGGACUACCUUCUUUACAAAGGGGGAUGGGAUUUGGGGCUCAACAUUUCCAUGACAGCAAUGGGUAGAGAUGGGGAUAAAGUGGCCAAAUGGACAGAGUAAAGUGGAGCACUUUAUGUAUUACAGCAGCUCUUGCAAAUAGGAAGUACUGUCUGAAAUUAUCUGUCAUCCCAGGCUCUUAGUUGCAUAUGGUCAGGACUGACUUAAAAAGCAAAUUGACACAUCAUCUCCCCAGGUACCUGGUGUAGUGAGCUCAUCAGUGCAGAUUCCCCUCAAGGAGCAGGGCAUAUGCUUGGGUCACCCUUUCUAAGCAGAGUGGAGACCAGUGGA